GUCUGUGACAGAAGAACCUGUAACCGUCUCACAGCCUUCAAAUCCAAAGUCCUUCCGCCAUUGUUAUACUUUCUGUUUUUCUUUCCACUUUCAGCUCCCUUUCUUCUCUCUUCUUCCAAUCAUGAAUUCAGAUAUCAACUCCCUCGCCAUUUCCAGUAGUAGCAGCUCUGCCUUGGACCUCGCUAUUCCAUUUCAACUCGGAAUCGUCGAAACUACUUUCGAUUCCAAGCGCCGCCAUAAUCCACGCAAGAAGCGGUCAAGAACUGAAAAUGCCUCCACUGCUGUCGUCGGCUCCAAGGCUAAGUAUAGAAAGAAGCCGGAUCCUUCUGCGCCGAAGAUCACUCCUCCGUGUAGUGAGUGUGGGAGGAGGUUUUGGUCGGAUAAAGCGCUUUUUGGUCAUAUGAGGUGUCAUCCUGAACGACAAUGGCGAGGGAUUAAUCCGCCGGUUAGUUUCCGUCGCUCGGUUUCGGUUUCUCCUUUUAGACCUAGAGCUGAUUUGGAAGAAUCGGCGUUUACGGAAGAGGAACAGGACGUCGCUAAUUGCUUGUUAGUGCUUGCCGAUUGCCCUAGUGCGAUCGCUAGGGUUUCCGAUUUUCGAUUCGAAUGCGCGAGUUGUAAAAAAGUGUUUGGAUCGCACCAGGCGCUUGGAGGACAUAGGGCAAGUCACAAGAAUGUGAGAGGCUGUUCCGCCAUGGCGAAGAGCGAUGAAGAAAUAGAACAUGAUGCUCUGUUUGGACAUUGUGGUCAUGAUUUGAGCAUCAAUCUGGAGGAUAAAAUGUCGAUGAUUUUAGGAACAGCAGCAGGGCAUAAGUGUAGUGUAUGUAUGAGGGUUUUUGCGAGUGGUCAAGCACUUGGUGGCCAUAUGAGAUGCCAUUGGGAGAGAGUGGAGGAGAAUGCAGCUACAGAAGAGGGGUUUCUUAACUUGGACUUGAACAUGCCUGCCCCUGUUGAAGAUGGCUCUUCUUCUUCGUAUUCAUCAGGUCUCACUCUUGAUCUUAGGUUGGGCCUCUGAAACUAACCUUCAUUCUUCUGUGUGUUAGGCUCUUUAUCACAAUUUGUUGAUAUGUUGUAAUUUAGGCUUUUCGUAUAUGCUG